UCCUGACCGGGUCCGGAUUUUCUGGAUCCCGUGGUCCGGAAUAUGGGUAGUUUGAUAAAAACAGGAUUUUCCUACUUUUUAUAUGAAAAUCAGGUUCGGAUCGUGUCAAAAGCUCGGAUCCGGUCCGGCUCCGAUAUAAAAAACGGCAUAAUUCUCCCUCUCAAAAUGGGGAAAGUAAAUCAAAAAAUUUGGGUGGGAAAUUAUCAAAAAUGUAAAUUUUUGUCGCAUACAACAUCUAAAAUUCUCAAAAUUUUCUCCUUCGGCGCCAAGAAAGGAAUACUCCUGAUCAAAUUAAAUUAGAAUUUUUAGAUUUUCUCGCGAAGAUAGUUUUUUAUCUUCGAUAUUUUCUCUAAAUCCCAUAAAUCUAUUGGUCUUUAUUUAAAAAUGUUAUUUUUUCCAUUAAAAAUUUAAAAAAUAGUUUUUUUCUUAUCAAAAGUUAAGAAGAGGAACUUUUUUGAGUCAAAAAAUGUCAAAAUGUUUAAGUGCAUGGCGAGCGAAAAUCUGUCCAUCCUUGCAAAAUAUCUCCAUCAUAGCAUA